UGUCCACUGAGAGUUCAUAUUAACUUUGGUGAGAAGCAGCCUUCAAAGGAGACACCCUGACAUUCAUCUCAGAAAAUCUAAAAAUGAGUGACCACGGCUUGAGUAAGAGGUUUGUUAAACUGUUCUCCAGGAAAAGAAGAUCUGAUCAAGAGAUUGCUGCUCUGUCUGGUUUGACGCAGAACUUUCCUAAAGUUAUAACAACAUUCUCUUAUGAGGAUCUCCUCAAGAUCACAGAAUACUACAAGCCCUACCUGACCUACGUGAUUGAAUACGACAUCACAAGUAUCCUGCAGAACCUGGUCACCAAGAACAUGCUCACCAACGAUGAGGCCAAGACAUUCAAAGCCAAAGAAAAAUGUGAGGGUCAAGCAGGUGUGGAGACCUUCAUCAGUGACAUAAUGAAGAAGGACAAAGCAUUACUGGUGAGCCUGUGGGAGGCACUGGCUGAAGAACUUGUGAGAUUUCCAUCACCAAAUAUGACAAAUAUACUGAAGGAGGUGACAGAAUGGGGACCAGACCUCUUGAAGGUCAUUCAGGCCAGUCUCCAGCCUUUUCCAAUUCAUACUCAUAUUGAAGGCCUACAUAGGACACACAGAGAUAGUGUGUAUGAAUCCACAAGAACUCUUGAGGAUCAGGUUUCUCUUGGAGAUCCACGGACCAGGGGUGUGGUCUUUGAGACUCGAUACACAGAGCUGAUAGUCAUUGGUCAGUACAAAAAGACCUACAGUGAGACUCACCAUGAACUUGUGAAGAUGGGGAAGACUCAUGCAGAGCUGGUGGAAGGGAGAACAAAGGCAAAAUGUGAACGAAUCUGGACUGAGCAGAUUUUUAGGAGGAGUCCAGGAAGUGAGACUGCCCCACAAAUUGUAGUGGUCAGUGGAGUGGCUGGAAUUGGGAAGACCACUAUGGUGCAGAAGAUCAUGUUUGAUUGGGCCAGAGGCACUCAGUACCAGAGGUUUUCAUUUGUAUUCUUGUUUAAAUUCAGGGAGCUCAACCUACUAGACACGGAAACAGAGCCCCAGAUGCCUCUGACUAGGCUGAUUGUAAGACACUAUAAAUAUCUCAGUGACCCAAAAGUAAGAGAAAUCCUGCAGAAACCUGAGUCUCUCCUCUUUAUUCUUGAUGGUCUUGAUGAGUACAAACACAAAUUGGACUUCACACAGAGGCAGGUCUGCUCAAACCCAGAUGACUACUUUCCUGUCCACAUCCUGGUCACAAGCCUUGUCAAAAGGACAUUACUGAAGGGCUGUUCAGUCCUUAUAACAACCAGACCAACAGCCUUGGAGGCCCUGGAGAUGGAAAAAAUUGAUCGGUUUGCAGAGAUCCUGGGGUUCUUCCCUGAACAAAGGCUGAUGUACUUUAAGAAGUUCUUUGGUGAUACUGAUCAGGGCUCUGAGGCUUUUCAGUAUGUUGAGGAGAACGCCAUCCUGUACACCAUGUGCUUCAACCCCUCAUACUGCUGGAUUAUCUGUUCUGUACUGAAAAACCACUUUAUGACACCUGAAGAUGAGCGAGGAGCUGCCCCCAGAACUGUCACUGAUCUUUUUGUGAUGUUCCUCCACAACAUCCUCACCAAUCACAGGCGAGAAGCCAAAGACCAGCGGGGGAUUCUGAUCAAACUAGGAAACAUGGCUUAUUAUGGGGUCUCCAACAAGACUCUUUUGUUUUAUGACAAGUUUGAGAUGUCCACCUUUGGUCUACAGUCAGUCUUAUCUUCUCAGUUCCUCUCAGGUUUCCUCAAAGAAAUCCUACAAAGAGAGAGCACUCUGGAGCACACAACAUACACAUUCUACCACCUCACCCUGCAGGAGUUCAUAGCCGCCUGCUCCUUCUACCUUGAUCCAUCAGGGGGCAUCGGGGAGCUGCUUGUGAAGCUGGACUCAUGUAAAGAUGGUCGGUUUGAGAUUCUCACUCGAUUCCUGGCAGGACUGGCCAGGCCUUCUGUGUUUAAAACACUGGGGGGAAUCCUGGGAGAGUUUGAGAGGAAGACGGCAAAGUGUAUGCUGCAGUGGGUUAAGCAGAAAGCUGAAUUGGUGCUACAGGGUAAAGAUAAAAGUGAAGCUCUGCGAGUGUGUCAGUGGCUGUAUGAGACUCAGAAUAACAGAUUAAUCAGAGACUGCAUUGGGAAGGAUUUAAUGAUGGACUUCAGUGACACGACUUUAUCUCCUCUGGACUGUGCUGUGCUGGGCUCUGUCAUCAGCUGCUGUGGAGAACUUGAGGAGCUUGACUUGUCAGACACAGUGCUCACCCGAGAGUGUAUCAGUAGACUGGCAUCAGGACUCAUCUGCUGUAGGCAUAUCAACCUGUCCUCAUGUCGUCUCACCUCCACAUGCUGCUCAGCUCUCUCCUCAGCUCUUUCUUCUCCACACUCACGACUGAGUGAACUGAACCUGAGCAGCAACAACAUAGAGUAUUCAGGAGUGGAUCAGCUGUGUGAGGGUCUGAGGAGUGAAAACUGUAAAUUAGAGAAACUGAACCUGUCUCAUUGUGGUCUCACCUCGAGAUGUUGCUCAGCUCUCUCCUCAGUUCUUUCUUCUCCACACUCACAACUGACUGAAUUGAACCUGAGUAACAACAAGAUGGAGGAUUCAAGAGUGGAUGAACUGUGUGAGGGGCUGAGGAGUGAAAACUGCAAAUUACAGACACUGAAGCUGUCCUCAUGUCAUCUCCCCUCCACAUGCUGUGCAGCUUUCUCCUCAACUCUUUCGUCUUCACACUCACAACUGGUUGAACUGGACCUGAGCGACAACAACAUGGAGGAUUCAGGAGUGGCUCAACUGUGUGAGGGACUGAGAAGUGAAAACUGUAAAUUAAGGAGACUGAGCCUGUCUUAUUGUGGUCUCAACUCUAGAUGUUGCUCAGGUCUCUCCUCAGCUCUUUCUUCUCCAAAUUCACAACUGACUGAACUGAGCCUGAGCAGCAACAAUGUGAAGGAUUCAGGAGUGGCUCAGCUGUGUGAGGGGCUGAGGAGUGAAAACUGCAAAUUAGAGAAACUGAACCUGUCAAAUUGUGGUCUCACCUCCAGCUGUUCCUUAUCUCUUUCCUCAGUCCUCUCUUCUCCACACUCACAGCUGACUGAUCUGGAGCUGAACAAUAACAAACUGAAAGACUCAGGAGCUCGUCAGCUGUGUGAGGGGUUGUGGAGCCCAAACUGUAAAUUAAAGAUACUGAGGCUGUGUCAUAAUAUGAUCAUAGAGAUUGAGAAGAACAACCUGUGGUCACUAGAACAAGAGUUAAAGAGGACUGGACGGCAGGUGGAUAUCUACACACGAGAAGGCUGAACAUCACAAUCAGACCUCUCCCUCUAAAUUCAUCUCUUUAUUCUUUUAUAUUCUCCUCUGCUCUCCUCCACAUUUAAUAAACUCUGCAUGUCUUCUCA